AAGUACAGUUUUUACAGAAAGAAUAAUUAAUAAAUAGAGAAAAAGUAAAAAUGUCUAACUCGUCCAUGUCGAACUUCAGCUUCGCCAGUAUGGCAGCACAGCUCAACGAGGAGCAGGGCAUUUCCUUCCAAGAGAAAGGCGAAACCUGGAAUAAUGCCGAAGAUGUUAAAGCCGUAGUUGAAGCGCUCAACAAACAAUCCACAGUUCACUAUCUCAAUCUCGAUGGCAACACUCUAGGCGUGGAGGCUGCUCAAGCUAUUGGCCAGGCCCUACACAAGCAUCCGGAAUUCCGCAAAGCUCUAUGGAAAAACCUCUUUACUAGACGUCUUAAGUCCGAGAUUCCACUGGCUUUGGAACAUUUGGGCGCUGGUUUAAUUCAAGCUGGCGCCAAGCUCACAGUGCUUGAUCUCAGCGACAACGCACUUGGUCCAAACGGAAUGACCGGGCUGGAGAAGUUCCUACGUUCACCCGUUUGCUACACCUUGCAGGAGUUGUACCUCAAUAACUGUGGCCUUGGUCCUGAGGGCGGAAGAAUGUUAUCUGUUGCCCUCAUCGAUCUCCAUAAAAACGCCAAGGAAGCAGGUACACCGCUUCAAUUGCGGGUCUUUGUAGCUGGACGGAAUCGCUUGGAGAAUGCCGGAGCCAAGGCUUUGUCAAAAACGUUCAAAGUACUGCAAACGCUGGAAGAGAUUACAAUGCCACAGAAUUCCAUUUAUCACGUUGGCGUCGCUGCACUUGCAAGUAGUUUUAAGCAGAAUCCCCACUUACGAAUCCUCAACAUGAAUGAUAAUACGUUGGGAGUUCGUGGAGCUGCUAAGAUCGCCGAAGUCUUUGAGCAUACCCCGCUACUGCGUGAAAUCAAUUUUGGCGACUGUUUGCUAAAGACCGAUGGUGCUUACCAUUUCGCCGAGGCUCUGGAGCAGAACCACGAGCAGCUAGAGCUUCUCGAUUUGGGAUUCAAUGACAUCAACUAUGAUGGCGGUCUGGUGUUGGUGACGGCCGUGCAGCACAAACCCAAGCUGCGUGAAUUCAAUCUGGAUGGCAAUUGCUUUGGUCAACAUGGACGCGAGCAAAUCAUAGCCCAAAUGGCAAAAUGCCAGAAUGCUGCUGCCUUGCAGUCUUUGGACGAAGUGGUCUCUGAAGAGGAGGGGGAGGAGAAUGACGCGGACAAUGAUGACAAUGUGACGCCCGAUAACAGCGACGAAGAUGAAGCAUCUGAUGACCAAGACGACUACGAUGACCAAGAAGAUGAUGAAGAAUACGAUCCAAACGAUACAACAGAAGAAGUGGAAGAUGACGACGAAGCCUACGUGACCACCAACGCUUAUACCACCAAGCUCUUCAACGACAGCAACUGCAACAAGGCCACUAACAAUUUUGAUGUGACCAUCAAAAAUGGCAACAAAGCGCCUGCCGACGCCUGCACUCCCGAAAAGUUUUGCCUAAGUCAACGGCCUUGCACACUGCAGCAAUUCGACUCGCUGGAGGCCAAUAAUAAACUAGAGGCCUUCCACAACAUAAUCAAUCUAUUCAGCGAGGAUAAUCACUUGCUGUUGCUUAUCUUUACGACGCUUAAGUGCGGACAUCUUGCUCAAACGUCGCCGGCUGCUUUAGAGCUGGCCAUAUCACUCUAUCAGGCCACCUUUGACUAUGCCAUCAAAACAGAGCAGGAAUCGCGAGUCCUGGACUACUAUCUUAUCCAGUUAGGCCUGUUGCGCAGCGAGGAGCGAUUCAAGAGCGAAUACGAUCUGAAGAGCUGCCGAUACGCUCUUCGAGAGGCAAUCAAGAAGGAAAGCUUUGCCAAUGAUAACAUUAAGAAUACCUUUAAAACAUUUCUUGAUCAACUCGACGUUUAGCGAGUAUCACUAGAGUAA